AUGUUUUCGCGCCCAUUAUUCUCAGCAACCUUGCGGCAAGCCGCCCGACCCAUCGCCAGGCCGGUGAUUUGCAGUCGGCCAACACCUUUUCUCACAACCUUCCAGCAGCGACUUCUCUCCGACCACACGCGGAAAGCGAUCGAGAAGGCCGUUUCCUCGGCACCCGUUGUAUUGUUCAUGAAGGGUACUCCCGAAACGCCGCAGUGCGGUUUCUCGCGCGCCAGCAUCCAAAUUCUCGGUUUACAGGGCGUCGACCCCAGCAAGUUCGCCGCGUUCAACGUGCUAGAAGACCAAGAGCUUAGAUCAGGUAUCAAGGAAUUCUCGGACUGGCCAACAAUCCCGCAACUCUACAUCGACAAGGAAUUCGUUGGCGGAUGCGAUAUCCUCGUAUCAAUGCACCAAGAUGGUUCGCUUGCCAAGAUGCUCGAGGAGAAGGGCGUCCUAGCCCCCCUCGACGGCACAUCCGAGUCCAAGGAAUAA